CGGGUAGUUUUAUUUUCCACUGCAGCUCUCACAGUACAGCAUUGUAAACACCCUUAUGCAAGAUGAGGAUCACCCUCAUAAAGACAAAUAAUGCAUUGCUACUGGCACGGGGGUAGACCAUGCCAUUUCAAAAAAUCAUUAAUGAUAUAAACAAAUAAAAAAUGACUAAGAAUUGAGACACCUGUGGCCUUUAUACGGUCCGUAUGGUCGUCUGCAUUGCAUGACUUGAGCAGGGUGCAUUAUUCACACUUGGUAUUCACACACACACACACACACACACACACACACACACACGCACGCUUCAUCUUUCCAGCCUUGUGGGUGAUGCUUGACCAGAGAGCCGAGGCAGCGGUUCCAGCAGGGCCGCUCCAGUGCCGCACUCACUCAGCCCUCUCCGCGCAAUAACUGACGUGUUUUGCGCAUUUCCUGGACCAGCCUUCAGACACACAUACACACACACACAGUCGGGAGAAAAAGAGGCAGGUCCGCAGGAAACUGAGUACCGACGGACAAACAAGGAUCCUGGAAAAAGCAAGUGAGUACGGAACCCUUGUAAACACUGGUUCUCCUGUCUGGGGCGAACCGAAAGACGCUUUUGCGGGGAUAACUUUCCUCCCAAUGCGCGGAGGAGACACAUCCAGCGCUCCAGUCAGACGAGGGAACGGGCUGCUCACCCUGAGGAGAUCCAGCAUAUAUUUCUGGCGUAUUUUGAGGUGUGGAAUGCUGGUCGUAUCGCUGCCGAUACACUGUAGCUGUCCUUUUUCAAUCCAACUUGCAUUGCUGACUGCCUACAGCGGCGUUUGGACAGCUUCAAGAUCACAUGCAGGUUGUCCGUAGGUCAUAGCAAUAGAUUCCCUUUCUGUCUGGACCUUCUACACUUUGCAUGCAGAUCCACGAGGACGAAGAAGGGCAUUUACCGUUAUUUCAUAAGGAUAAACAAUCACAAACCGGUGGACCGUAACAUACACUGGUUGAAUAAUUAACCAGGCGCUGAAGUGGAAUAUUGUUACUAAAGCUCUAAAAAGUGGCCAUGGUGUUUUUUAACGGUCUGCUGAAGAUUAAGAUCUGCGAGGCUUUGGACCUGAAGCCCACAGCCUGGUCUCUGAGACACGCCGUUGGCCCCAAGACGCAAACCUUCCUGCUGGACACGUACAUCGCCCUCAACGUGGAUGAUUUUCGCGUGGGUCAGACCUCGACCAAGCAGAAGACCAACAGUCCCGUCUGGCACGAUGAGUUUGUGACCGAGGUGCACGACGGCCGCAAGAUCGAGCUGUCGGUGUUUCACGACGCGCCGAUUGGCUACGACGACUUUGUAGCCAACUGUACCAUUCAGUUCGAGGAAUUGCUGCAAAACGGCAGCAAACACUUCGAGGACUGGAUAGACUUGGAGCCAGAGGGAAAGGUUUAUGUCAUUAUCGACUUGUCAGGAUCAUCCAGUGAAGCAGGAAGCUGUGAGAAUGAGGAGCGCGUGUUUCGUGAACGCAUGCGUCCCAGGAAGAGGCAGGGAGCCGUCCGGAGGAGGGUGCAUCAAGUCAACGGACACAAGUUCAUGGCCACCUACCUGAGACAGCCCACCUACUGCUCACACUGCCGCGACUUCAUCUGGGGUGUAUUAGGAAAGCAAGGGUAUCAGUGCCAAGUGUGCACCUGUGUAGUUCAUAAACGCUGCCAUGAGCUGAUCAUCACGAAAUGUGCGGGUCUGAAGAAACAGGAGGACACCACAGAGGAGGUAGGAUCUCAGCGCUUCAGCGUAAAUAUGCCUCAUAAAUUCAGUAUUCACAACUACAAAGUCCUGACGUUCUGUGACCACUGCGGUUCAUUAUUGUGGGGCCUGCUGAGGCAAGGGCUUCAGUGCAAAGUUUGUAAGAUGAAUGUGCACAAGCGUUGUGAAAGUAAUGUAGCUCCUAACUGUGGGGUGGACGCCCGGGGCAUCGCCAAGGUGCUGUCUGACCUCGGAGUCACUCCAGAUAAACUCUCCGGCAGCGUCCAGAGGAGAAAAAAGAUCUCUCAGGGUCCAGAUCCGCAGCCCUUACCCAUAUCCCCGCAGUCAGAAGAGGAUCGAUCCAAAUCUGCUCCCACAUCACCAUGUGACCAGGAUAUAAAGGACCUGGAGAACAUCAGAAAGACACUUUCGUUUGACCAUCGCGGUGAAGAGCUGAAGCCAGCCUCAUCCUCCUCUCUAACCGAGGGCCUGUCAGAGGAGACGAGGGAGGCCAGAGAGAACGGAGAGGUGAAGACGCUCCAGACCAAAAGGAUGACGCUGGAAGACUUCUCCUUCAUCAAAGUGCUCGGGAAAGGCAGCUUCGGCAAGGUGAUGCUGGCAGAGUUAAGAGGCACUGAUGAGGUUUAUGCGGUGAAAGUGUUGAAGAAAGACGUCAUCCUGCAGGACGAUGAUGUGGACUGCACUAUGACUGAGAAACGCAUUCUAGCGCUGGCCAGAAAACACCCUUACCUGACCCAACUCUACUGCUGCUUUCAGACCAAGGACCGUUUGUUCUUCGUCAUGGAAUAUGUAAAUGGUGGAGACCUGAUGUUCCAGAUCCAGCGUUCGCGCAAAUUCGAUGAAGCUCGUUCCCGGUUUUACGCUGCCGAGGUGACCUCAGCCCUCAUGUUCCUGCACCAAAAUGGGGUCAUUUACAGGGAUUUGAAGCUAGACAACAUUCUGCUGGAUGCAGAGGGUCACUGUAAGCUAGCAGACUUUGGCAUGUGUAAGGAGGGAAUCCUGGAUGGCAUCACAACCACAACAUUCUGUGGCACACCAGAUUACAUUGCCCCAGAGAUCCUGCAGGAGCUUGAGUACGGCCCGUCGGUGGACUGGUGGGCUCUAGGGGUGCUGAUGUAUGAGAUGAUGGCUGGUCAGCCUCCUUUUGAAGCAGAUAAUGAGGACGACCUUUUUGAGUCUAUUCUCCAUGAUGACGUCCUAUAUCCUGUGUGGCUCAGCAAAGAGGCCGUCAGCAUUCUUAAAGCGUUCAUGACGAAGAGCCCUAGUAAGCGGUUGGGUUGCGUAGUAUCCCAAGGACUAGAGGAAGCUAUUAAAGUGCAUCCGUUCUUCAAAGAGAUUGAUUGGGUACUUCUGGAACAGAGGAAGAUCAAGCCACCUUUCAAACCACGUAUUAAAACCAAAAGGGACGUCAACAAUUUUGACCAGGACUUCACCCGCGAGGAGCCGGUGCUCACCCCGGUGGAAGACGCCAUUAUCAAGCAGAUCAACCAGGAUGAGUUCAAGGGCUUCUCUUACUUCGGCGAAGAGACCCUGUCCUAAUACUAAAACC